AUGAAAAAGUUUCUCAGCAUCUCUGCGGUGCUCACACUGGCCUUGUUGGCUUCCAAGUCGACUGCACAGCGCUGCCAUAUGGGCGAUAAUCAGGUCUCUGUCAUUGACGACUUAAGUAUCGGCCCUAAUGGCAACCCCAACGACAGAGUCCAAGUUGUCUUUGGCGGUCGUCGUCAUGGAGGGCCUUUACGCAUCGAGCACUUCGACGAGCCAUUUGGCAUCAGGAGAGUGACCUACCCACGCGAGCUUGAGAACCACGCCCUCGUUCGGUUCAAUGCCCGCAAGCAUCACAUUCAAUUCCCAGUCCCCGAUGAAUUCGCCUCCUUGACUCCUGAGGAUCCAAUUGAGACCAUGCUCGAAUACCUUGAUGUGUGGUCGCGCUCUCGUGAGUCGGAGAUGGUCCUGGCUCACUUUACGGACAAGCAAUUCGAGCAGUUCCAGCUGGCUAUGCGUCGUAAGGACGUCCCUGAAGGAGAGGAGGACUGGCAGGUUGUCGAGAGAAACCUCCAGCAGGUCGCGGAUGAAGAUGCAGACAAGGUCUAUAUGACUGCAAUGGAUUUGCAUCUCCAGAGCAGCUCCGACUUGAAGAAAAAGCAUAAGAAGAGGGUAGACUUUGACACCUGGUUCAGCAAUUACCACGAGCAUACUGAGAUCAAGGACUUUUUCCUGCAACUCGCGGACGAUUACCCAGACUUGAUCACCUAUAUCCCCUCCAUUGGUAAAACCGUUGAAGGCCGGGACAUCUUUGCCAUUAAGCUGACCGAAAAGGAGAAGGACGGCAGUGUUCGCGAGAAGCCGCAAAUCUGGUGGCAAGGACUCCAGCAUGCCCGUGAAUGGGCUGGUGGAUCCACUGUGCAGUAUCUUUCGCAUCACUUCUCGAGUAAUUAUGGCAAAAACGACAACAUCACUGCCAUCUUGCGUGAUACCGAGUUCAUCAUUGUGCCCAUCAUGAACGUCGAUGGCUACGACUACACUUGGACUAGGAACCGCCUCUGGCGCAAGAACCGUCGUAGCAACGGUCUGGGUGCUUGGGGAGUAGAUCUUAACCGAAAUUGGGAUGAUCACUUUGCUGAGGGCGGUUCUAGCGGUUUCCCAUGGAGUGAGACCUACCAUGGUCCUUAUGCCGCCUCUGAGCCCGAGGUUCAGGCCAUGCAAGACUUUUUCGGCCAGCAGAAGCGCAUCGUCGGCGCCAUCGAUUUCCACUGCUACUCUCAGUUGGUUCUUCGUCCUGAGGGUUGGACGACCGAUCCUUCGCCGCACGAGAAGGAACACAAGUUUGUCGGAGACAAGAUUGUCAGCCUGAUCAAGACCGUCCACGGCAAGAAAUACAUUAGUGAACCCUCUGUUGCUUUGUACAAGACUACGGGUGCAGGCAGCGACUGGUUCUAUGGCGAAAAGGCCACGGCGGCAAACAAUGGCCAGAAGGUGUACUCUUACACGAUUGAGCUGAGGCCCUCAGACACGAACCCUGGUGGAAGGAGCGGUUUCAUCUUGCCACCCGAAGAGAUCAUCCCCUUGGGCGAGGAGAUUACCAAGGCAAUGGAGUUCUUCGUUGACUAUGUUGUCAAGAACCCAUUGAAGUAG